AUGGGCCUUCGCGUGCCGACAGUGUCGCUUCGCGUGCCAACCAUGUUGUUUUGUUUGUCAAACGCUGCUUCGGGUAAUGCGAUGGGUUCAUCUGGAAUUGUGUCUCUGAUCAGAUCUGUUAUUUUCCUCAUCCAGACUAGUUCAAGAACACAAUUCUACAAUUUACGUAUUAAGAUUACUGGACUCUCUCGAUGUGGAAAAUCAUGCAGGCUGCGAUGGUUGAAUCAUUUAAAGCCGAAUUUGAGUAAAUUUGCAAUCACUCCUGAAGAAGAAAGACGAAUUGUGGAACUACAUUAUCAUAUUGGAAACAAAUGGUCUCGAAUGGCUAGUGAGUUAACUGGUAGGACUAAUAACGAGAUAAAGAACUUCUCGAAUACGAGAUUGAAACGAUUGCAACGGUUAGGACAACCAAUUUAUCCUCCUAAAAUAUGUAAGGCAGUUCAGGAAAGUGAGCAAACGAAAAACAAAAGCCCUAUCAUGUCAGGAUAUGGAUCUCGUAGGUAUCCUUUUCAUUUGCCAGCUGGGAUAGUAUAUAUCGAUAUUCCUACGGUGAAAUUCGACGGUUUGAAAAACAAUAGUCACCCACCAGAUUAUCCUAAUUUUCCUAGUUUUUCAGUGCCACUUUUUCGAUCUUCUAAUCAAGUAUUACCCGUUUCACAACCUGCAAAAGUGUUCAAGGAAUCUGUUGCAGAUGAUCCCUCGGGUAUUCGUCUCUUUGAGUCACUUAAACGUGAAUCUGAAGGUAUGGAAAUCUGCAAUCCUCCGGGCCAGCAACAGAAACAACAGAAACUGAUGCCAUCAAAUUCUAUAUUUGACAAUUUUGUGUUGGAAGAAUGCAGACCCUUAGAUUUAACACGAUUAUCUUCAUUCCAAUCCACUCCUAAUGAAUGCAUGAUUGAAUGUUUUCUGGGGUUGGAUAACGUACUCAAUGGAUUCAUGUUGUCUGAUUUUGAACUUUUUUAA